CCCGCGUCCGUCAGCGCCGUGGUGCUGGAGGGCAGCAACGGCGGUUUGCACAUGCUGAGCGCCGACGAGCUGCUGGAGCUGGGCUGGUGGGACGGAAUCCAGCUGCUGGUCUUCUUGGCAUGUGGCUCGCAAAGCCUGGUGGAGAGGCUGAUCCAGCAGCGCGGGCUGCGGCGCGCCGUAUGCUGCAAUGCGGUGGUCCUGGACGCAGCAUCCCACGUUUUUUGCAGGCGUUAAGGCCGAGCUUUGAGGCAGGCCAGGCGGCCAUUCGCACCAGCAAGGCCUUCGAGGGCGAGGCCCAGAAGUUCGUCUUGCUUUGCGCCUCUGAUGGCCCAUGGCCACUCCGCGAGGCCUUGUCCUUGCCGCCGACUCUGUGGCCCCAUUGGCCCCGCGUGGAAGAUUACCUGGGUCGCGAGAACUUCACUGUGUCUCUAGCGAACUUGUUCGAACACCGCCGCGCCGUCUGCCUCUGGGGUGGCCAAGGGAGUGGGAAGACGGCUCUGUGUCUGGAAUUCUGUCGUUUCUUCAGCGCCCCUGGCCGACGAUUUUCACACGCCGCCUUUCACAUCACGGAGCGACAGGUGGCCUGUAGCAGUCUUCUGGCAGUUCUGCUGCAGCAGCUGGGGCGCGGCGACGUCAGCGACGUCGCUGGUGGCAGCGUUAGUUCGCUGUUGCGGGCGGUGCGGGAGGUGGAUGCCCUGAGGCGUCCAUGGUUGCUGGUGGUGGAUGGUUUCAGCGAGGACCUGGAGAGCAGCGAGAUGUUGUCCCAUCUACUGGCCGAGACCACCCAUUUGCAUCUGCUGCUGACCGCGCGCGACCCGCUGGGCCACUGGGCCAUGGGAUACUCCAAGGUGGUGGAUCUUCCCUUGCCGCAGCUGGCGCCUUUCGAUGCUGCACGGCUGCUGGCGCGACGCGCUCGGCGGCCCUUCUUCGCCGCGGACUUCGAGGGCGGCAACAGCCUCCCCACCGUCCCGCUGUCCAUGGGCCGGGAGCUGCUGCUGCGGCUCAGGGAGUCACCGGUGAUGAAAGAAGUGAAAGGACACCCAGGACAGAUUCUGGCAGCUGCCGCCAUGGUGGGAGCUGAGUUGGAGUCCUUGCUGAAGCAUCCUCUAGUGUUGCAAGUCUGAGGGUCUGCAGGCGCCGGUGAUCCGACGGCUGAUCUCACCAUCUCAAGUUGGGGUGCCGAUUUUUUUUUCGGAGAAAUCACAGAGAAGUCAGUUUCCGAAACCCAAAAUGUU